AUGCAUCUUCCCAAGCUUGCUGGUCUACUCAGUUUUAUAUCAGCGAUCGACUGCAUCAACUUCCCUUUCGAGGCGAGGGUGCUCGAGGAAGGCGAUAUUGGUAAUUUCUCUGCUAUUUCUUUCGGCAACAGGGCCACAGCGAGCCCAGUAUACGAUGGACCGGAAUGUAAAGUAUACCCUGGCACGGCCACAUGGCCAAACGAGGCAGAAUGGACGCGACUGAACAGCACCCUCGACGGCGCUUUGCUCAAGCCGAUCCCGGCUGCUGCGGCCUGUUACAGUGGUCCUUUUCAGAAUACGAAUCAGUGUAACUUCUUGCUGCGCAACACAAGCUCGUCACGCUUCUACAUCAACGAUCCACUCACAGUCCUCGCCAUGUGGCCAGAGGGCGACACGUGCUAUGCCUCGGCUAGCACGGCCGGGCUCAACUGCACCCAGGGUGGCUGGCCUAGCUACGUCGUUAAUGUUACAACGGUGAAGCAGAUCCAGGCUGCUGUGAACUUUGCGCGGAACAAGAAUCUCAGACUGGUCGUCAAGAAUACGGGACAUGAUUUCUAUGGGCGCUCCAUAGGGUUUGGUGCCAUAAGCAUCUGGACGCAUUGGCUGAAACAAUUUGAGUUCCUGCCCGAGUAUAGUAUCGGCGAAUAUCGCGGGAUGGCUGCCCGCGUGGGCGCAGGGCUUGAAAGUUGGGAAUUAUUUGCGUAUAUGUCAAGACACAAUAUGACAGUCCUGGUUGCUGGUCCCUAUACAGUCGGCGCGUAUGGAGGGUGGAUAUCGGGUGGUGGACAUAGCGCGUUGGCUUCAACCUAUGGUAUGGGCGCUGAUCAAGUGCUGUCACUUGAUGUUGUCACUGCGGACGGGAGGUUUGUGACGGCAGACGUGAACCAGAAUACCGAUUUAUUCUUCGCACUGCGCGGGGGUGGCGGGAGCAACUACGGCAUUGUGACCUCCGCCAUCGUCAAAGCUCAUCCCGCGACAUCGGUGCUAAGCUCGCCACUUAGGUUCUCCGUACAGCCGACCACAAAUUCGUCCGCCACGGGCCUUUUUUGGGCGGCGUUUGAUGAAUACCACAGAUUUGGGCUAGAUAUCGUCGAUAAUGGAGGCACAGCAUAUAGCAACGUUAACCGCAUCGCGCCACAAUCAGGCAGCAACGCUCUCCCGGGAGCCAGUUUCUCGACUACUAUCGAGAUGCCGGGGAUGUCAGCGACACAGAUCACCGCGUUCGUGAAACCAUUGUACGAUCGCAUUGCAGCACUCGGUUUUACACUCCCCGCGUCUGCUAUCACACAAGCCUCUAAUUGGCAAGAUACGAGUCACGGCGUUGGGGACGUGCCCGGUAGCGGUGGGCGUUUUGCCAGUCGGAUAUUUCCUCGGGUGAGCUUUGAGAACUCGACCCGGUUUGCUGCUACACAGAGAGCUAUUCGGAAUGCUGUUGAGGCUGGAUAUCAAUUCCAUGGAAUCAAUAUGGCACCAAGCCUUGACAUCGCUGGAUAUCCCGGAAGUAGCAGUGCUGUCAACCCAGCAUUUCGAACCGGUGUCAUGUUUGCGGACGUUUUCGAGAACACAAACUUGCGGGGUCUCUCGGCGCAAGGAGUACGUGAUGCGCACGCCAAGUUCAACGUGUAUAUGGAUCAGAUCCGCCAGGCUACGCCUGAGGGCGGGUCAUACAUAAAUGAAUGCGACGUCGAGGAACCAGAUUGGCAGAAAGCGUUCUUCGGGAGCAAUUAUGCGAGGCUUGCGGAGGUGAAGGCAAGCUGGGAUCCUUGGAGCUUGUUUUAUACACCGCUUGGCGUUGGAAGCGAGGCAUGGAUCGUUAGGAGCGUGGAUCAUGGCAUGCCAACCCAGGAUGGACCCCUUUGUCGCGUCGAAUCGUGA